AAAUGCAAGUGAAGAGUGGGAUGAAUAAAAAAAAAUAGAAAAAAGAAAAGCGGGGGUGUGUUCGAAAAUAAAGAGUACUCUGCCUCUUCGUUUUGGUGCAGCCAGCAGCGUUUUUCACUUUCUCCUCUGCCCCCAUUUGCUUCGCUUCGCUUUGUUUUAACAUUAUUUUUUCUUCUCUUUCUUCUUUCUUUCACCCUGAAAAAGAGGAACGAGUUAACACACAAACCCUUUUAACACACCUAUCCCAUCUCUCUGCUUCUCAACUUUGGUCUUCGUUUCUUCCCUUUCUUUCUCUGUACUCAGAUUCCUACUUUCUCUGGAUUUGCUUCGUUGAGUUCCAAGAGAAUUACUAACCCAAAAAUACAACUAAUACCCAUUACUCUCUCCUCUCUUUCAUUUCCCAGAUCUAUUCUCCUCUCCUCUCUUUUUUCUUUUCUUUUCUUUUUUUUUCCCCCUUUUCUUUCCUCUCUUUGUCUCUCUCUCUCUCUCUCUCACACGCACACUGUUUGUUUGACUUGAAGCUAUGAGUAAAGAAGAGUUUUUGAAGAUCCAGAAAUGUGUUUUGAAGGUGAACAUUCACUGUGAUGGAUGUAAGCACAAGGUGAAGAAAAUCUUGCAGAAAAUCGAUGGGGUUUUCACUACCGAGAUAGAUGCAGAACAGGGAAAGGUCACAGUGACCGGAAAUGUAGAUGCAGCCGUACUCAUCAAGAAGCUGGCAAAAUCCGGCAAACAUGCAGAGAUUUGGGGCGGCCAACCGGCUAACAACAAAAAUCAGCAAAACAACAUAGCUAAUCAGAUGAAGAACACGCAAAUUGAUAAUGCGAAAGGUGGGAACAACAAGGGCCAGAACCAGAAGGGCGGCGCUGCUGGCGGUGGCGGCAAUGGAAAUAACCUGCCUAAAGGUGGACAAGGGCAAGGGUUGCAACCGUCGCAGCUUCAGCAGCUACAAGCGAUCAAAGGGUUUCAAGAUCUGAAGCUCCCACCCCAAUUUAAGGGCUUGAAAUUACCCGUUAAAGAUCAGAACCCGAAUCUUCCCAAAGGCGGGAAGUUCAAUUUGGACGAGGGUGAUGAUCUGAGCGAUGAGGAUGAUCUUGAUGACUAUGAUGAUGAGGAUUAUUAUGACGAUGACGAUGAGUUUGAUGAUGAUUUAGGUAAUCUUCACCUUCCUCCGGCGAAUAAGAUGAUGAAACCCAUAAUGGGAAAUGCCCAGAUGCCGAAAACGACGAUGAAUGGGAAUCAUCCACCGGUGAUGAAUGGUCCAGCCGCCGGAGGAAAUGGCGGAGGUAACGGUAAAAAAGGCGGUGGAGCUGUGCCGGUUCAGGGGAAUAACAAUGCGAAGAAUGGAAAUGGCGGAGGUAAAGGGACUGGCGGUGGAGGUGGAGGUGGGAGCAAUCAAAAACAGGGCAGCGGCGGAGGUGGAGGAAAAAAUAACGGUGGUGGCGGUGCUGCUGGCGGUGGUGGGGGCAAUAAUAAAACUGGUCACGGCGGUGGGAAUGGUAGCAAUAAUGGAAUGAACGGCGGUCAAAAGGCAGCCGGUGGGUCAAAUGGAAUGGGCCAUGAUUUACAGAGCUUGGUCGGCGCUCAUGGAUUGGGAAUGCCCAAUUUGAGUCAAAUGGGUCAAAUGGGUGACCGGCCGAUGGGCCAAAUGGGUAAUAUUCCGGCGGUACAAGGUCUUCCCGCCGCGGCCCCAGCGCCAACCAUGAACGGCAACGGUGGCGGUGGUGGAGCCGGUAGGUUUUUGCCGGAGGGAAUGGCGGGGAACCCUUACCAACAGCACCCACAGCAGUACAUGGCGCAAAUGAUGAACCAACAACAACACCACGCGCUCGGGCACCAACCGAUGAUGUACGCGCGGCCAUCGCCAGCCGUAAAUUACGUGCCGCCGCCGUACCCAUACCCAUAUCCACCACCGUACCACAACCCAUAUCCCCCAACGCAGCCAGAACCCUACACAUAUUUUAGCGACGAGAACCCCUCAAGUUGUAACAUCAUGUGAAACCACCAUACCGUCGGCGACGGCGGUUGUGCCGCCGGAAUUUCGGAUCGGAAUCUGCAUUAUACUCUUCUUCUACUAAGCUACUUGGGAAUGGUUCUCUCUUAUAAAUUUUAGCCUUUCUCUAUAUCAUAUUUCACCCUCUUGAUUUUGCUUGUUUUUUCUCUCUUUUUUUUUUUGGAAUUUGAAGCUGGAUUAGAGUCUUUAAUCAUAUCCUCAAGACAAAAAAAAAAAAAGUAAUUAUAGAUAAUUAAAUUAAGAAGUUGGAAUGGAAGAAGGAAGUAUGGAAAAAUGGUAGUGAGCUUUGCCCUUUUUUUUCGUCUUUUUUCUUUUCUUGAGACGCCAUGUUUAUAAGUGUUUAUAUGUUAUAUAAACAACAAUAAAUGAAAAUUUGAGAUGGGGAUUGUAAAUUCCCAUUUCUUUGCUUUGUC